AUGCAGUCUAUCACAGUGCCAUCCUCUCCGACAACACCGACUGCACCUACUGGACAGAGACCUGGCAACGAAGCAGAGGACGACUCACCUCUCCAGACCUCUCUACACGUCACCCCUACUGAGAAGAGACCUCCUUCACAACGCCAAGGCCUGAAACGGCCCCUCUCCACAGAAGAAGAUCCGACAGGACGGAACUUCAACCAUCCGGACAAAGUCACUACUUCCCACACCACGGAAGAACCCUACAAGACAAGACACCCACAGACCGCUAUUAGAGGACGCAAGAGAACCCACAAGACCAACAGGGCCUCUACACCCUCUCCAGAUCCUGACAGAACCAGCAACCUACAGAUCAAGACUGCACCCGACCCACCGCCAACCACCGGUAAGGCCCAGCCCAACCCCAGCACUGACCCCACCAAGACCAGUCCUCUCCGGACCCCCACUAUCACCUCUUCACUCCACCAGCCCUCCAGUCCUCUCCGGACCCCCACUAUCACCUCUUCACUCCACCAGCCCUCCAGUCCUCUCCGGACCCCCACUAUCACCUCUUCACUCCACCAGCCCUCCAGUCCUCUCCAGACCCCCACUAUCACCUCUUCACUCCACCAGCCCCCCAGUUCUCUCCAGACCCCCACUAUCACCGCUUCACUCCACCAGCCCUCCAGUCCUCUCCGGACCCCCCACUAUCACCUCUUCACUCCACCAGCCCUCCAGUUCUCUCCAGACCCCCAUUAUCACCUCUUCACUCCACCAGCCCUCCAGUCCUCUCCGGACCCCCACUAUCACCUUUUCACUCCACCAGCCCUCCAGUCCUCUCCGGACCCCCACUAUCACCUCUUCACUCCACCAGCCCUCCAGUCCUCUCCGGACCCCCACUAUCACCUCUUCACUCCACCAGCCCUCCAGUCCUCUCCGGACCCCCACUCUCACCUCUUCACUCCACCGGCCCUCCAGUCCUCUCCGGACCCCCACUAUCACCUCUUCACUCCACCGGCCCUCCAGUCCUCUCCAGACCCCCACUAUCACCUCUUCACUCCACUGGACCACCUUCUCCACCGGCUCCAGAGGAUCCAGAUACCCUAG